AUGACAGAUACAGUGAUACUCUACACCUAUUUCCGCUCCUCCUGCUCUGCCAGACUUCGGAUAGCCCUGCAUCUAAAGCAAAUACAUUUCACGUCCAUCUACGUGAACCUCCUCAGGGGCGAGCAAUCCUCCUCAACCCAUCUGGCCAUCAAUCCCUCUGGGACAGUGCCAGCCCUAGUAAUCCAGAGAGACUCCAUUGCACCUGUGACAAUUACACAAUCUCUCGCCGCACUUGAGUACCUCGAAGAAGCAUUCCCAGAGCAAGGACCCGCGCUGCUCCCUCCGAUCUCAGACCCAGAGAGCCGCGCUGCAGUACGUACGCUGGCAAACAUGAUUUCUUGUGAUAUACAGCCUGUUACGAACCUCAGGAUCCUGAAGCGGGUUGGGCCGCUGGGUGUUGAUCGUGCUGAGUGGUCAACGGGUUUAGUAGAGGAUGGGCUCAGGGCUUAUGAGGCUGUUGUUAGAAAAUCAGCUGGGAAGUUUAGCGUUGGAGAUUUCAUCACAAUAGCUGAUUUGUGUUUAAUUCCUGCUGUCUGGGGAGCUCAGCGGCUUGGUGUUGACUUGGGUCAGUUUCCCAUUACGAAUGAGAUUGUGAAGAACCUGGAGAUGGAGGAGGCCGUCAAGAAGGGACAUUGGAGGUCACAGGAUGAUGCUCCUGAGGAAUUUCGUAUUAAAGAGUAG